AUGAGCGCAAGCAAUGCCGCUGACACGGACUUCCGCAAGAAGUGGGACAAGGAGGAAUAUGCGGAGCGCGCAAGGAAGAAAGACGUCGAAGAGCGUGAGCGAAUGCAGGAUAAUGAGGAGAGGAUGCGACAGGGAAAACGACCCAGAAAGGGACCAAGGAAAGAAGAUAUGCCAAAGCCGACAGAACUCAUGAAACAACGCGACGCACCUCUUGAGCUCGACAAGAACUUGAACAAAACUAUGGUCGUCCAAAAUCCUGGCGGAAAAGGACCCGGCCAGCCCGGCUUCUUUUGCGAGACAUGCAGCAGGAACUAUAAAGACAGUAUCGGCUAUCUGGACCACUUGAACAGUCGAGCGCACUUGCGUGCUAUUGGACAAACAACGAAACUGGAGCGGUCGACGUUGGCGCAGGUGCAAGCUCGCAUCGCGCUUUUGCGAGAGAAGACCAAGGAUGCCACGACCGCAAAGGCUUACGACUUCGACAAACGAUUAGCGGAGGUCAAGGCGAUCGAGUUGAAGAAGCGGGAAGACAAGAAAGCCGCUAAACAAGCGGAGAAGGAAAAGAUUCGACUGGAAAUGGUCAAGGAUUCGGAGCAAGACGACGAGAUGCAGCGCAUGAUGGGGUUUGGAGGUUUUGGCUCAACCAAGAAGUAG